GGGCGGCGGCGGGGCGGCGGGCGCGGGGCGGGCGGGGCCCAGGGCGGGCGGCCGUGGCGGGCGCGCGGUCAGCAGUGCGCGCCCGCCCUGGUCCGACACUCCACGUCGGCUCGUCAACGAAACAACUACCUACACCAAUUAUUUAACGAUAUCAUCCGAAACGAGCACGACAUAAUCUGCCAAAAUGUUUAAAAAUCAUUUAGAAAUGAUCGGCAGAAACGAGACGGCAUCGAAGAAAGCCAGAUUCUGGCAAUCCUACGUCCGUUCUCUAAAAGGGUCCGAAGACAUCAGGGCCGAGGAGCGGUACCGGCCGACGCGCCGCAGCGUGUUCCCCGAGCUGAGCUCCAGCUCGUGGCCCUACAACAAGUCCAUCUACGACGAGCCCGCCGUGGCCGCCGACCGCAUCAACGUGCCCGGAUACCGCUACCUGCCCGUCCACCGCGAGACUUACGGCUACUCCCCCCGCAACAUCUACACACACAACUACCCGCGCACGCUCGACCGGUACCGGCCAAUCUACCACGUGCCGCGGCGCGUGCUGAGCCGCGCGGACCCGUUCGACGCGCACAAGGCGUGGCAGGAGCACCUGGACCGCAUGUCCGCCAUCGACCGGCUCUACCCCUCGCGCUACGGGCUCUACCUGAAGGACCGCGCGUACCCCAUCACCGACCUCUCCGCGCCCUCCAACCCCAUCGAGAAGAGCCUCAAGGGCAUUGAGUACGAACCUGACAACAAACCCCACUGGGGCGCAGGAGCGUUCCCGGGGGCUUUAUCGGACGUGUUCAAAUCGGACCCCUUCUUCGCUGAAGCCGAAAAAUGGGGAGAUUUUGACCGAUCGCUCCGAGGGAGGUCCCCGACCCCCGUGAAGCCGCGCAUCAGCCAGCCGCGCGACUGCGAGGUGGCCUUCGACGCCGACGGUGCGCCGCUGUACACGGCGGGCGGGCUCCGGCGCCGGCCCUGGGCCGACAUCUUCAACCCGAGCCCGUCGCUGCCCAUCUCCGCCAUCACGCGGGACCCCUUCUGGUACGACUGGCCGGAGCUGCGGCCGGUGGCGCGCUGGGACCGCAGCCCCUCGCACAUCCGGGACUCCUACCUCUCGCCCGUCAAGAGAACCUUCCUCUGGGACAAACAUCCCGUCCGACCAUUAGAACACGAUUUACUGUGGGACGACCGUUUCCCCAUCGCGGAUCACACCAAGACCUUACCGCUAUACCGUCUCGGUCUCCUACUAUAACCACGCACCAGCUGCUGCUUUCUAAUGGGCCGGACAUCGAACCCGCACUAACUAUGUACAAUAUAAAUUAAUUUAUUCUUUUAUUACCACUUAUAAUAAUUUAUUUACUUAUCUGUUACUGUAAUUGUAACCUUGACUAUGUUAAAAGGGAAAAACUAAAAUAUUCAAAACGAUAUUCUUACCGUUUUACCUACAAUUCAAACUCAAAAUUAUAAUCAAAGAUUUUCACUUAAGAUCUCAAGACUGCUAUAGGUAACAUAGUCACUGCCAACAAAUUAUAUCAAGAGAAAAACAAAUUAAUCUAAACACCUAUUCGUUUUUAUUAAAUAUUUUUUCUAUGUAACCACGAAAAUGUGUAAAAAAAACUAAUAAAAUUAUCAAAACCG